CUGUUGCAAAACCUCCAUUUCUUCUCAGGCAUUUGGGGGCUCCAGAAAGGAACCCUAGAAUCCACCGUCUGGAAACAUGGGUAUCUCUAGGGAUUCGAUGCACAAGAGGCGUGCCACUGGAGGCAAGAAGAAGGCUUGGAGGAAGAAGCGAAAGUAUGAGCUCGGAAGACAACCGGCAAACACCAAGUUGUCAAGCCAGAAGACCGUUCGACGGAUUAGGGUUCGAGGUGGGAACAUAAAGUGGCGUGCCUUAAGAUUGGAUACAGGGAACUAUUCUUGGGGGAGUGAGGCAGUGACCCGGAAGACUCGAAUUUUGGAUGUUGUCUACAAUGCAUCAAAUAAUGAGUUGGUUAGGACCCAGACCUUGGUGAAAAGUGCGAUUGUUCAGGUUGAUGCAGCACCAUUUAAACAAUGGUAUCUUCAGCACUAUGGAGUUGACAUUGGUCGCAAGAAGAAAACUGCUGCUGCUGCCAAAAAAGAAGGAGAGGAAGGUGAAGCUGCUACUGAGGAGACGAAGAAGAGUAAGCAUGUCUUGAGGAAACUUGAGAAGCGCCAACAGGAUCGCAAGCUUGACCCACAUGUUGAAGAGCAGUUUGGCAGUGGCCGUUUGUUAGCAGCAAUCUCAUCGCGACCUGGCCAGUGUGGUCGUGCUGAUGGAUACAUUUUGGAGGGCAAAGAACUGGAGUUCUACAUGAAGAAGCUCCAGAGGAAGAAAGGGAAAGGUGCCAGUGGUGCAGCAUAAAAUUUUGUUACCCAAUCUCGAUUUUUUAAAUUAGAAUUUCUUCCCAGACUCCACCCAGGAAAAACUCUUUAUGUAAGGCAUGGAACUAAAGAUUUGUUGAUCCGUCAUAGUUAACUUGAACUCUGUCAUGGUGAUCUUAAAUGUUCUACCUGUUGUGUUAUCAAUGUGCUUUUUUGGUUGACAGGGCAAACUUGGGUCUGUCAUAGUUGUGCGCUAUUGUGCCAGUUUCAAUUUUGCACGCCUUAAACCCUUUCCUCUCGUCAAAGGCCCUAAUCUUCCCCACCGGGUAGCAACCCAAAGUUCAGCUUACAUUGUGCUUGGAAAGAACACAUAAUUAGAAACAUUGAAAUUUGUUGGAGGGGACAAUGAAUUACUACAUGUCUUCAACCCGUCAAAUAUGGAUGGGAGCUUCCUGAU